GAGAAUUACGACAGUGCCUUUUUGGAACGGGUGUAUUCAGCGCCGUUGAUUUCGCUGUCAGAAUUGUUGAAAAGUAUUAUAAACAGAGGAUAUCGAAGUAGAACGAUUCGUGUCCAAUAUAGUACAUUAUCGGAGUAUCUUAAUAUUGCUGAUCAUUUGAAAAUUAUGCGGGAUUUCAAGGAUGGUGUGCCGCGAACUGCGUAUCUUGGUGUUGUAACGUGUUUCGUUUACGGGGUACGAAUUUAUAUAGCACCGAAUCCGAGCAGCUGGGAAAAGUAUGAUCCGAAAUGGGAGGCACUGCCGAGCGCAAACGAUGUCAUCACUUUCUUGUAG